GGUGUGGCCGCGGGCUGGCGGCUGGCGCUCCGCUCGCCCCCCGGCCUCGCCGCCUGGCCUGGCCGCUCCUCGCGGGCGCCCCGACCCCCCUCCCGGCGAUGGUGCCGCCCGAGGGCGCCUCCGUCCCCCGCCACCGCUGACCCCGGCCCCCCCGCCCCAUGGCCGCCUCGGCGCCGCCCCCACCGGACAAGCUGGAGGGAGGUGGCGGCCCCGCACCGCCCCCUGCGCCGCCCGGCACCGGGAGGAAGCAGGGCAAGGCCGGUCUGCAGAUGAAGAGCCCAGAGAAGAAGCGAAGGAAGUCAAACACUCAGGGCCCUGCAUACUCACAUCUGACGGAGUUUGCGCCACCCCCGACUCCCAUGGUGGAUCACCUGGUUGCAUCCAACCCUUUUGAGGAUGACUUCGGAGCCCCUAAGGUGGGGGGCGCGGCCCCUCCAUUCCUUGGCAGUCCUGUCCCCUUUGGAGGCUUCCGUGUACAGGGGGGCAUGGCAGGCCAGGUACCCCCAGGCUACAGCACUGGGGGUGGAGGGGGCCCCCAGCCUCUUCGUCGACAGCCCCCCCCUUUCCCUCCCAACCCUAUGGGCCCUGCUUUCAACAUGCCCCCCCAGGGCCCCGGCUACCCACCCCCAGGCAACAUGAACUUUCCUAGCCAACCCUUCAACCAGCCUCUGGGUCAGAACUUCAGCCCUCCUGGUGGGCAGAUGAUGCCAGGCCCGGUGGGGGGAUUUGGCCCCAUGAUCUCACCCACCAUGGGACAGCCUCCCAGAGGGGAGCUGGGCCCCCCUUCUCUCCCCCAACGCUUUGCCCAGCCAGGAGCACCUUUUGGCCCUUCUCCUCUCCAGAGACCUGGUCAGGGGCUCCCCAGCCUGCCCCCCAACACAAGUCCCUUCCCUGGCCCGGACCCUGGCUUUCCUGGCCCUGGUGGUGAGGAUGGGGGAAAGCCCCUGAAUCCACCUGCUCCCACUGCUUUUCCCCAGGAGCCUCACUCAGGCUCCCCAGCCGCUGCUGUUAAUGGAAAUCAGCCCAGUUUCCCCCCAAACAGCAGUGGGCGGGGUGGGGGAACUCCAGAUGCCAACAGCCUGGCACCCCCCAGCAAGGCGGGUGGGGGCUCAGGGCCUCAGCCUCCCCCAGGCCUGGUGUACCCGUGUGGCGCCUGUCGCAGUGAGGUGAAUGAUGACCAGGACGCCAUCCUGUGUGAGGCCUCCUGCCAGAAGUGGUUCCACCGUGAGUGUACAGGCAUGACAGAGAGCGCGUACGGGCUGCUGACCACCGAGGCCUCCGCCGUCUGGGCUUGCGAUCUCUGCCUCAAGACCAAGGAGAUCCAGUCUGUGUACAUCCGCGAGGGUGUGGGGCAGCUGGUGGCUGCUAACGAUGGGUGAUGCCGACCAGGGGGAUGGUUUCCACUGGCUUCCCGUUCCCAUGGGGCAGAAACACAGUGGCUCCUGGGGGCAGAGAAGGAACUGAGGUGGGCAGGCAGAAGAGCCUGGAUUGCUCACUUUUCUGGAAACUUAUACGUACACGUUGAGAUCAACAGAGAUCCAGGGAACCAAAGCCCUGCCGAGCAUUGUGGUGGCUCCAGUCCCCGAAGGCUGAGGGAUGUGGCUGCAAGAGAAGAGAGGCUGGAGGAAGAUCUGGAGGGCAGGGGUCUCCUCUGGGCAGAUGAUGGACGCCCCAGCACCUGUGCCUAACACUCCUAGCGAGCCCCACAGCUGCAGCCUUAGUGUUUGGAGUGACAUGGUAAAAGGUUUCUGGCCAGAGAAGUUGGGGUCCCAUCCCUGCAGUAGCCUUUUCAUGGGCUUUAGGAGACAGCUUUAGGGAAUAAAUGGGGAAUUUUCCUUUUUCUCACCCUCCCCUUGCCUCCUCCUAAGACUUACCCAAGUCCUACCCCUUCAGAGAACCAAAUAGCUUGAAAAAGCAGGAGAGCUCUUGGCUGGGGCAGUUUCUUGGUGAUUUGGGGCUUUAAGACUGUCUGUGGGUAAGAGAUGAUGUCCGGACAUGUGUCCCUCAUACCAAAGCCACUGGCCCUUU